AAUAGUGAGAAACAAGAGCGAGGAAAGUAUCUAAUGAAGACGACGAAUCGCUUCAAUGUCAUGGUUGCGGUUGCAGCAACUGUUCUUAUGGGAAUGCUUGGAUCAUCCGAUGCUCAGCUUCAAAUGAACUUCUACGCGAAAAGCUGUCCAAACGCUGAGAAAAUAAUUUCAGAUCAUAUUCAAAAGCAUAUCCAUAAUGGUCCUUCUCUUGCAGCUCCUCUCCUCAGAAUGCUCUUCCAUGAUUGCUUCGUCAGGGGAUGCGAUGGAUCAGUGUUGAUAAACUCAACAUCUGGGAACGCGGAGAGAGAUGCACCACCAAAUCUAACACUCAGGGGAUUCGGUUUCGUAGAGAGGAUCAAGACUAUUCUUGAAGCAGAAUGUCCUAAGACUGUUUCAUGCGCUGACAUCAUCGCUUUGACCGCUAGAGACUCAGUUGUUGCUACCGGAGGUCCUUGGUGGAGUGUUCCAACCGGAAGAAGAGACGGUAGGAUCUCUAAUUUGGCUGAGGCUACGAACAACAUUCCCGGACCGACGAGUAACUUCACAACGUUACAACAACGUUUCGCUAACCAAGGCCUUAAUCUCAAAGACCUUGUUCUACUCUCCGGGGCUCACACGAUCGGCGUUUCGCAUUGUUCUUCAAUGAGUGAACGUCUCUACAACUUCUCGACGACAGUCAAACAAGAUCCAUCUCUGGACAGCGAGUACGCAGCCAACAUAAAGGCCAACAAAUGCAAGAACCUCAACGACAACACCACCAUCCUCGAGAUGGAUCCCGGUAGCAGAAGAAGCUUCGAUCUCAGCUACUACAGGCUUGUCUUGAAGAGGAGAGGUCUCUUCCAGUCUGAUUCUGCUUUGACAAAGAACUCAGCGACGUUGAAGAUGGUCAACGACUUGGUCAACGGUUCUGAAGAGAAGUUCUACAAGGCUUUCGCGAAGUCAAUGGAGAAGAUGGGGAGAGUUAAAGUGAAGACGGGCUCAGCCGGUGUGAUCAGGACACGUUGUUCUGUUGCCGGUAGUUAGCUAGCCUGAUGGGAAAGUGGUGUAAUGUUGUAUCCUGUUUUUUUUUUAAUUGUGCCUUGUUGUUGUGUUUUGACUCUUGGGGGUAAAAGUGUUGUUAAUUUGAUUUUUAUGUCGUUUCAUUUGGGUUUAUGCACCCAAAAAAUUAUGUUUGUGGUUCUAUCAAAAUAUGAAUCAUAAUAAAAUUUACAAUAAUUUACAUUUUAAAUCUGGC